AUGCCACUGACCACCACAGGUCCCAUCGUCCGCAUCAAUUAUCGCGAAGUGCACAUUAUCGACCCAGAGUUCUACGACAAUAUCUACUCCGGCGGCGCCCAUAAACGAGACAAGGAUCCGAAAUUCGUCCCGGCCUUUGGUCUGCCCUUGUCCAUGGUUGCAACAGUAGGCCACGAUCAUCACCGGUUCCGGCGCAGCAUCCUCAACAACUUCUUCUCCAAACGGUCUGUGCUAGAACUCUCUCCAAUAAUCGAUUAUCAUGUGCAGAAGCUCAUGCAUCGCCUCGAGGAAUUUCACCGAGACCAGACCGUCAUCCGCCUGGACGAUGCUUUCGCCGCGUUAACCUCGGACAUAAUCACGCAUUACUGCUACGGGCGCAGCUGGGGUUAUCUGACGGACAAGAACUUCGAUAGUCACAUCCGCGACGUGGUAAACGAUGCUGCCACUUAUGUUCAUGUCAACCGAUUCUUCUCGUGGUUUCCGAAUAUUCUGCGCCUAAUUCCGGCACAAUUGAUGUGUUUUGUCCAGCCGGGAAAGGCGGUGGUGUUUGACAUACAGAAGGCCAUCUACAAGCAUUCCCUAGAGACUGGAACCGAGGCUCUAAAGGAUACAGAAAAGCUGCACCAGGGCAAUAUGUUCGAUCGUUUGAAUGACCCGAGCGUUCCAGCCGAGGAGCGUACCCUGCCGCGACUGCAGGAUGAGGGCAUGACGCUGCUGACGGCCGGCACAGAGACCACCAGUCGAGCAAUUACAGUAGCCGCUUAUCAUUUAUAUCGCGAGAAGGGGAUUGCUCGACGGUUGCGCUCGGAGCUGAAGAUGGCGCUCCCAUCAAUUACUAGCCGAGCGACCUGGACCGAGUUGGAGAAGCUUCCUUACCUGACUGGCGUCGUCAACGAAGCGCUCCGUCUCGCGUUUGGUCUCACGAUUCGACUGCCUCGCGUGGCACCAACAGAGGUGAUCCAGUAUGAGCAGUAUUCAAUUCCGCCGGGGACCCCCGUCAGCACCUCGUCAUACUUCAUACACCGAAGCCCUAGCAUCUUUCCCGAGCCCGAAGAAUUCAAGCCAGAGCGAUGGAUCUCCAACGGAGAAAUUGACCGACAUCUCACACGGUACAUCACCUCGUUCACCAAAGGCAGUAGGCAAUGUCUCGGUAUUAACUUGGCGUAUUCGGAACUCUACCUGGCGAUAGCCUACUUGGUGCGACGAUUCGAUCUCGAAUUACAUGACACGCCGCCGGAGAAUUUACGCAUCACGCGCGACAUGGGGGUGGGGUUCACUGACAAAUACGAGUUCAAGGUGAGCGCGAAAGUGGUUGGGAUGGUGCAUGAGUAA